CUCAGAAGAGACUUUCUCAACUCACCCACCAAACCUCUCUUUGAUCUCUUGCCAUUUUGUGAAGAAACUAGAGAAACAAUUGUAGAGAGGCUUUCUCAUUAUUUUGGGAGAGUUUCCAACUUAUUUGUACAGCAACAUUUGGCCUUUGCUGAUUUUAGAUUACAUAGUUUUUCUUCUCAACAAUGGCAGAUCGAGUCCACCCACGCGACGACUCACCACAAUCAUCAGCAGAAUUCAAGCCAUCACCACAUUCCUCACCAGACCACCAACACUCACCUGUCAAACCAGCAGCCCCGUUGCUUGAAAAACCUAUUCCGCCACCACCUGCAGCUGGUACCUACGUUAUCCAAAUCCCCAAAGACCAAGUCUACCGCGUUCCGCCACCCGAAAACGCCAAACGCUACCAACAACUCUCUCGCCGUAAGCCCCGCCGUAGCACCUGUCGUUGCUGCCUCUGCUGGUCCCUUGGCCUCCUCGUUACUCUCAUUCUCCUUGCGGGCAUUGCUGCUGGUGUUUUAUACCUAGUUUUUAGACCAGAAGCACCUAAGUAUUCUAUUGAUAAGGUUUCCAUUAAAGGGUUUAAUCUUACGUCAUCAGAACCACUCUCGCCGGAAUUUGACGUCACUGUUAGAGCUGAAAAUCCUAAUGACAAGUUAGGGUUCUAUUACAGGACAGGCAGUUCCAUUGAUGUUCAUUACCAGGAUAAUAGAUUAUGUAACGGUCAGCUGCCUGUGUUUUAUCAGGGUACUAAUAACGUGACGGUGUUUAAGACGGUGUUAAAAAGUGACGGCGUUGAAUUAACGAGUGCUGUUCACAAGGCUUUAGUUGAAGGUGAAAAGAAGAAAGCGGUGCCGUUUAAGCUGAACUUGAGAGCUCCAGUGAAGAUAAAAGUUGGGUCUGUUAAGACUUGGACGAUUACUGUUAAAGUUGACUGUGAUGUAGCGGUGGACGAGUUAACGACGAGUGCUAAAAUUGUGUCCAAGGACUGCGAUUAUGGUGUUGAACUGUGGUAAGGGAGUGUUUGGAUGUAAAGUUAGGGAAUUUUUGGUGGGUGGAGAGGGAAUAUACUUUGCUUUUGUUAUUUUGUUUUUUUAAUGAGACUGAUUUUAGAAGUGGGAAACAUGUUAUAGAUUAAAAGGACAAAAGAUUUGCAGUAUAUAAUAUGAUAUACACAUCUGAUUCAUUUA